UCGUCGAUUCGACGACGCGUCACCAAAAAAAUCGCGAUAACUUUUACGCGCGCGACCGUAUGGUUUUCUAAUUUCAGCUAAUCUCAACCGACCCGUUGGGCUUGCGAUGGACAGUAGUGCUUUUUGCGUGGAAGGCCCACACGUGCUGUUCCAGAAACCAUGGCUCGUCACAUCGACGAAGAUGAGAUUCAUUUGUUAUUAUUAGAAAUCAAAAGCGAUGAGGAAAAUUCAUCUGCGAGAGAGCCUGAAGACCACAUUGAGGCUGAUCCAGUGCAUGAAAUGGAGGAUGAUGAUGAAGUUUCUAUUGUUAAUGAAGAGCAAUUUCCAGAUCAAGAUUAUGAGGCAAGUAGUAAUACAUCUUCGCAACGUUCCAUUGAAGACGCGACACCUAGCACUUCAGCUGACCCUAGCGAUUUGAUUAUAAGACCAUCGCGUCCCAUUCUUCUUGGGAAAGAUAAACAUAUAUGGUCAUCACAACAGUCAAGAUCACAAAGCAGAAGACCUUCAAGGAACAUAGAUAUUUAAGACGUAGGCCUGUACGCUUUUUCAAGAUAUUUUAGAUCCUCUUCGAUGUCUUUCAGGUAUAAUUACUGAUGACAUUACUGAUACUCUGCGGGACUCAAUCACAUAAAUUUUAAACAUGUCAGGAAGAAGUAAUGUGAGUGUUAUAAGUGAGACUGAGCAAAGUAAUGCUGCUGAUGACUCUCCACAGCACAAUAAAGAAACAUAUGUGCUAUAUGUCCCUCCGUAAAGCAAAGGCAGACUAAAAAUAGGUGCACUAAGUACAAAAAAUCGUUAUGAAUGGAACACAAACUUUAUGUGUGUCACAAAUGUUUUAGUUCCUAAGCUAUUAUGAAAAUUAUAUUUUUAAUUACUUUUUCCGAUAUUAUUUUUGUAAUUAAUAGUU